CCAUUUGGGCUCAGGCUCGCCGUCGUGCGCGCGAGCGCGCGCGAGAGUUGGUCACAGCGCCGACGAAGGGAAGCGCGCCGUGCCCAUGGCGUUCCCCGAGCGAUCUCGGCGGCUCACCUUGCUGGCCGCGGCGCUGCUCCUCUGCCCGCCCGUGCGCGCGCGCGCCGCGCAGGGAGGGCGCGGGGGCGCCCUGGUGCGCAGGGAGGUGCUCGCCGUGGACUCGCGGGGCCAGCUGUCCGGUGGCGCCGCACAGGGCGGGACGGCCGCGGGCUUGGAGGAGAGGCAGGCCGAACCGGACAGGCGGGCGGACUACCUCGAGCGCUUCGUCGAGAUCGGGGGCGAGGCAGAAGAGUGGGCCGAGCUCCAGGCCACAGCGGGGGCCCUCGGCGGGAGCAUGCAGAGGGCCGGCGGCGAGGAGGGUGCCGGCGACGAGGAGGGGCCCGCCCCCGAGGCCAAGGCCGGGGUGCCGUCGUGGAUGACGAAUGAGUGCCGCGCCCUCCUGAAGAAGAUGGAAGAGCUUGAAAACUGUCCGCGCGACAAACCAUGUGGGAUUCGCCUCUCGCCAGGAUCCGCCGAGAAACUGGAGAAGUGCAUGGAGAAGUUGGAAGAGCAAUCUGCUGAAGCGGAUCGACGGAAAGAUGAUGCGAUCGCGCGUGCGACAAUUGCAAACAACAGUGAAAUUGUGGCGCGGCAUGAACUUGACGAUGUGAAGCUUAGGGAACGUUUUGCAAAAGAAAAGGAGAAGCGCGCCCAAAAGAAGGAAAAAGAAGCUCUCAAGAAAAGCCAGAAAGCGAUCAAGGACACUAAGAAGGCGGAAGAAGACUUGGAGAAGGCCCAAGCAUUGGAAAAUAAGGCCUUCGUGGAGAAAUCCUGCACGGUGACUCUGAGCAAGCAAGUCAAGAUGGAUAUAUAUGUGAGCGACUGGAAGAUUAGCGUGCCAGAGGGAGCUACGAUACAAUCUCUGAAGACCGGCACGUCAGCUCAUCGCUGCCCUAACAGCAUAGCUUGUUCUCAUAGCGUUGUCGAGCUGAACGUGGACCCCCGCAGCAAGGCUGCGGACAACUGCGAAACACUGCGUGCAGAGGCACAGUGCCAGGAGGGGUACGAUUCGACAACACCUGGAUGCGCUUCUUGCACAAAAGGCUUUGGACGCAGUAACGCUGAUCCCUUCAUCUGUGAGCGGUGUGGCCACCAGAUUCUUCAGUGGCUCGUGUGGCUUGGGGUGCCGAUCAUGCUCUACGCGGCCUCCGUCCGCAGUGCGUUUGACGCCGCGCGCAGGGGGGCAUCUGCAGCUUUCGCGAACGAUGCUCUGAAGAUCUUGCUAGCGUUCACCUCCGCCUCUGCUCUCGUCGCGUCGACCAUAGACGCAACGCCUGUGUUCCGCAGGAUGCCCGAUGGUGUCAGAGGAGUUCUCAGCAUGGGCAUUCACGCUUCGGGAGGUGACGCCACGGCUUUUGCGUCCAGCCUCGACUGCUUAGUCAACGGCGGCGAGCAACAGAUCGGGCCCCUGAGCGUUGUCGGGCUUGCGUUUGCUCAGGCAGCCACUGCGAUGCUCCUGGCGAUGACGGCGCAGUUAAUCCAGUGGUUCCGGGCCGAGUACACGCCAGGCAGCCUCAUGGUGUGCUACCUCGUGGCGACCAACCAGUUCGUGCCACUCAUCACCGCAGCGUGCGCCCGCUCGCUCCCGUGCUACCACACACAGCUGCACCCGGACGAUCCCGUUGCGCCGGCUGAGAGCUGGCUUUCACACGAGUCACUGGCAAGUUGCAGCGGUAGGGCGAGGUAUUCGAUGAUCACGGUGCCUCUGGCUUCUGGUGCCAUUGUGGCAGGGCCGCUACUUUGGAUCUUCCUGAUUCGCAAUGCGGUGUACGACCACGCAAUGAAGUUCAUCACAGGGUCCUACACUGAGGGGCGGCAGUAUUGGGAGGCUUUCCGUCUCACCAAGACUACUGUGCUCGCUGUCACCGCGACUCUGGCUCCAACCACAUACAGCCCAUCUUCCAAAUUAGCCAUGGCACUCUUCACGAUGACCGUGUUCCUUGGUGCACACAUGCGACUCCGACCGUACAAGUACCAGGAGCUCAACGACGCAGAAGGACUCUCUCUCCUCUACACCUGCUGCAGCCUGAUAUGCGCAUCCGUCCUCGCGACCGACGCUUGGAGCUCACGCAGGAGAUGCAGGCGGUGGUCCUCUUCCUGUCCGCCGGCUUCCUCCUCGCAGCCUUCGUGUACCUGGUGAGGUUCUACUCGUGGGCGAAGUACCACGAGCUAUUCUCUGAGGAGGAGGAGGAGGAGGAGGAGGAGGAGGAGGAGGGAAAGGACCACGCGGAGGACGCCGAGGGAGAGGCGGCGGACGCCGCGAAGAGAGGAGAGCCGCUGGCGGAGGACCCGGAGGGGGAAAGCACGCCCGCGGCGGGCGGCGCGGAGGAGGGUUGGCGGGCGGCGUCCGAGAGCGAGGACGGGAGCCGGGGCGACGAGCCCCAGGAGCCGCCGCCGCAGGCCGAGGUCCCCAAGAGGAGGUCGUAAUCUGAGAGACCGACUGCCAGAUAGACAGGUCUUUUAAGUUUUUUUGCGCGUUCUGUCCCCCUCCUCCUCCUCCUCCUCC